UUCUCUGCUUAUGAUUCUAUCUAGGGUGAUGAAGCUGGCGUCGAAGCGUGCGGUGGUGGUGUUCACGCUGAGUUCCUGCACCAUGUCCCACACGGUGACGCAGCUGAUGGCUGACCUGGGCGUGAACCCGCUGGUGCACGAACUGGACAGCGACCCCAGUGGAAAGGAGUUGGAGCGCGCGCUGCUCAAGAUGCUCGGCGGGAGAAGGUUGUCCGCCGUCCCUGCCGUCUUCAUCGGCGGCAAGCUCAUCGGCGGCUCCGACAGGGUCAUGUCGCUCCACCUCGCUGGCCAGCUCAUGCCCCUGCUCAGGACAGCUGCCGCGCUCUGGGUAUAG